AUGGUCUCCGCAUGCGACGCGAGACUGGGCCAGGAGCUGCUUGCACAGCUGCUGGCCGUCGAGGAGGAGUUGAAGGGGGUCGAGUCCGCCGAUGCGGAGCUGGACUACCGAGAGUCGCAGCUGCAAAGCAGCAUGGUCCGGGUGUCCAAAGCCUUGUCAACGCAGCGGGAGGCCUCGCAGGAGAACGGCCUUGUAGCAGCUUGUCGACACCGAGUUCUUCUUGGAACGGUGUCGGCUUCACGGCAAGUAGAGGAGCUCGUUUCAAAGCGAGCAGCGGCGGCCGCAGACAGCCCACGCCAUGGCAAGAAGCUGUCUGCACAGCAGAGGAAGGUCAGAUCUGCUGCGCUGGAGAGCGACAAGACAAGACACAGAGAGCUACAAGACCUCAUUUCGAGCUGGCAAGACCAGAUUUGGGGACCGGGCAGCGGGGCCCUCGUCGCCAACGCCUCUGUGGCAACUGCCCUGCAGGCGGCACAUCUGCAGGCCGUAAGCCUCGUUGAGGAUGCACAGCGGGAGGCCGAGGAGAUUGCAGCUUCGGAGUGUGGCGCGCUGGGCCUGGAAGGAUUCUGGGGCUUGGCAUCCCCAUUCGCCAAGUCCUCUCUGCGGUCUCAGAUGAGUCGCUCUGCCGCGGCGUACAAGGUGAUGCGGGAGCAGCUCUGCGAGAACUUGGAGCGCCUUGGAGAGCUGCAGUGCGCGGCCACCGUGGGCCCUCGAUGCAGCUCCUUCACCUCAACGUCAACAGGUGCCCAUCAUGGCCUCUUCAGCGAAGGCUCGGGCUCCGAUUCGUCGCGGGAGUCACAGGAUGUCAGGCCAAACAGCGGCCGGAAAGAGACGAAGCCAGAGGAUGGCAUUUAG